AUGAUCGAUGUCACUGGUGUCACAUACACGUCUCCCGUUUUCAUAACGACGACAUCACCCGGAAGCGAUGAACCUACCAUAGUUCCUAUCAUCAUCCCCCUUGUUGGCCCACCCAAGAUAUGCUUUGGCUGUCUCCCUGGUAUUGCCCCUCCGAACCUUGAAAUACGACUUCCUGAGUUCUGUAUUCGAAUUCCCAUCAUUGGUAAGAUCGGCCAUUGCCCUCCAGCAGACAAUGACUUGGGGGGAAAUGAUGAUGGAGGAGAAGACGACAAGAAGGAGGAAGAGAAGGAGAGGGAGGAAGAAAAGAAGUCGACAAAAACAGAAUCCUCGACGUCUUCUUCGACUACAUCGUGUACCACGAUUGUAACUGCAACCCAACGGAGUGUCUUCUGUUCUGUUACCAAAGUCUUUGGCGGUUGCACAACAAGCGCCUAUACGACGAUCACCGGGUGCAGCGUCUAUGACUCAGCGAGAACCGUGACGACAACCAAGACGGUCGACAAGGCCGAACCCACGUGCGGCAUCGUGACCUGUGGCAGUACUGCGUGCCCAAAGGAUGCGGCCCCGGAGCUGCCAAAACUCCCGCAUCAUGCCCUUGAUAAGCGCGGUUCAGCAAAAGAAGGAGACUGGGAAGAACCCGAGGACUACGAAUCCGGACUUGUGGACGACUUCAUCGACACCCAGCUCAAGUUGUGCAUAGCCUAUAGGGACGGCCGCUACCCCGGCAUCGGGAGUAUCCUCGGGUUCACACCGAAACUGGUCGCCAAUUAUGACAUAUUGAACGUGAACACGCCGCAAGAGGAGAUGGUCAGCGCCAAUUGGCUCUUGUUUAAAGACAAGGUGGAAGUUCUCGGCGUCGAGGGUUUGUACGGCUGCACCUCCGUCGUCUUGGUAUCCGAACGCGGCGCAUGGGCGGCACACAUCUUCGAAAUGAACAUGCAACAAGACGAUCUAUUUGAAUCCCUAGUCCUACAACAGACAGCGGUUGGUCUUCCCGAGAACCACCGGACUCGCCAUCUUUACGAGUACGGCCUCAGGGACAUAUUAAAGAGGCCGGACAAGGGCGACCAUGGUGUCAUGUUUGGUGACUGGAAGCCGAAUCCCGAGAGCGAGGGCAAAACGGCUCAAGACCUGGGCAUGCAGGCCUUCAUCAUCACGCCUCGCCCACGAAUCCGUCACUACCCGAAUGGCCAACUUCGCACACAAGCGGAAAACAGCGACAUCAACCGCGACCCCGGAACGCUGAUGUCACCGGAAAACGUGCAAAGAUUGUUGGAGCUGAUAUCCCGGGUUUACGGCGGCAUCCAGCCCGAGAUCAUUGACUACGCGCCGAUCAUGAUGCCCAACGAGGCGUUUGUGGCGAUAGGCACGUCGAAAGCGUGGUCGGUGGGCAAGGUAACACGAUGGAUCCAGCGCCAGCAGAAGGACAGUCCCCGCGGCAAGGUUCUUAUCCAGUACAAGCCGGCCAAGACGUGCGACGGAAAGGCGGCGUGGCGGGUCUGGAGCGAGACCCGGCAGAUCGGCACGGCAGAGUGGACCCCGGCGUCGGGGCAAGUAUUUGUUGCCCCCGGUGGAGCUCCGGUCCGAAGGCAGGCUUGCCCACUCCCGAGCAGGGGCCGGCCAACGGGCUCCGCCUCGUUCACCACCGCUUCGACGCGUGUUUCGGUAUCGACUCAGUCCGCUUCAUCAGAGAAGCAGGCAACCUCAGCCGGUAGCAGUGACAAGCCGACCCCAUCCUCAGGCGCCAUGAUCACUUUUUCCGUGCUUCCGUCUCUUGCAGUCACUCUCCCAGCUUGGCCAACUGCCGUCCACACUUCUGCUGCGAAGAAGCCCUCUUCUGCGCCAAAAGACUCAAUAGUCACUAUCUCGGUGCUACCUUCUCUCGCAAUCACUCUCCCAGCUUGGCCGACUGAAGCCGAAAAGACUAUCGUGAAGACAUCCUCGUCAAAAAUCCCAGGCUCAGUGAUCACAAUCUCGGUGCUCCCGUCUCUCGAAAUAACCCUCCCAGCGUGGCCGACAGUCAUCGACACUUCGGAACCCAGAAAGACAUCGGCAUCGAAGCCCCAAGAAGACUCGACCUUGCUUCAAUCGAGAACCGCCAGCACGAGCUCGGCGCCACGACCCCCUCCUAAACCUCAACCCUCGGAAGAAGCUCUUGUAAUGCACGAGACGAGAGGGAGAAACAACUACCAUUGGGUCAUGUACGGCCGGAAACGUGGAGAUCCGAACUUCAGUCCCUGUAGCGGGAAAAAUGCAGGCUCAACGAAAGCCAACAUGGACAUCAGACUUGAAUUAUCGCCGUGGCCCAGUAGCUUCAGCGCCGAGAGCGACGUAAUGGGACGGAAGGACUGUGAGUUUACCCAGGGGUUCGACGACUCCUGGCCCGGUUCGAUGCAGUGCAAGGGCACCAACUCGUUUCCUUGCGAAGUCGACAACUGGGAUAACAGGGAGGAGGUGUGCGGCAAAGACGCAUAUAACAAAGGGAAAAGCUACAAAGGCCGCGUCGUGUGCGUGUUUCCUGUUUAG